AGUGCUCUUUUCAAAAAUUUAGUUCCAUAACAUGCUGCUAUGUGCUGUGUGAACAGAGAGAUGGAACUUGGAAUUGCUUUUAUGACUCAUUGCAAAAAUGUUGUUUUGAUCACGGUCAUGUUAACGGUUGCAAAAUGGUUUUUGCGGUCGUCACGACCUAUAUUUCAGUCGCAGUAAGCUAAAAAACCUUUGCAAUAUGGUCGCUAGAGGUGUGCAAUGGGCUGGAGGCCUAUCGGGCCUGACCCUUUAUUAGAGGGGCUUUCAACGGGUUGGGCUUUUGAAGGGCCAACUUUUACUAUAUAUGGAGCGGGCUUUUCACAGGCCCUAUACGGGCUUUACUCGUUUGGAGUUUUACUCUACGCGGUUAAUUGAAUUAAUAGUUAGAUGAUCCAUAAUUACUCUUCUGGAAUUUCACUUAAACUAGUCGAUCCUGAAGUAUGCUCAACAUAGCCUUUUUCUCAAUGACAUUCUGUCGUCUUUGUAUAAUCCAUUUGGUUGUCCUGGAAUCUGCACAAUUGUUAGUUCAAUAUUGUAGAAUGAACUAAAGCAAUCUCUGGACUGACCACAAAUUUGUAAACGUUUGAGGCUCCAUGUAGAAUCAUGCUACUAUAAGGCGUAAUAGAUCUCAAUCAAAAUGGUGAUGCAAGAAAAAUUAAAGAAUUAGCAUAAAAGGGUCGGAUCGGUUCGGGGUGGGACAUUAAGCCCGGCACGUUAAAAGCCUGUUUCAUACUCCCUCUUAUUCAGGUGAACUGUCCCAUUUGACUUUUCACGGAUUUUAAGAAGUCAAAAUGGGACCCUAAAGGAAGAGAGAGAGUAGUAUUAUGGGUUUUUAAUUGUAAAGAUUAAGGAAUUAAUGAUUUUUUUUUGGCACCAAAAGUUUGAAAUUUUUUUCGCCACAAUGACAUCGAUAAUUUAAUUAAGUCCUAAAUUACAUAAUUAAGUCCUACGUUUAUAAUAAUUUUUGGAAAUUACAUAAAUUUCUCAAGAGUACUAAAAAUUAAAUACAUCAAUUACGGUAUCUCAGAGAGCCUUCUCAAUUCUUCAACAGCUUCGGUGUAGUAGCAGUCGUUACUGAUCAUGUGAGUGCGAAUUUUUUUCCGAUCAUUGACUUCAGAUUUUCCAAAUUACCCAAAAAAUGCAUUAAUAAUUUGUUAAAUAGCCUCCAAUUUAUAAACAACCAAUUUUUCAAAAUGGAAAAUAUCAUCACAGUACCCACAUUAUUUUGAAACCCAAAAUUAAAAUGUCCAAAAAGAAGGAAUUGAUUACAUAAUCAGAAACUGCCGCCAACAAUUCAAGAAAAUUCCCAAAGCACACAGCCAAAAUUUGAGAAAACAGAAAGUGUGGCGCCAAAAAUGAAAUGUGCAACAAGAAGAAAAAAUCAAUCAUAACAUUACAAAACAGAAAGCAUAAAUAGACAAUGACAAUGGUCAUUUAUUACACAAUCAUCUAAAACAAUGGCUCCUACAAAAAACUUAACUACACAACAAAGAGAAUCCAUAAUGCAGAAGCUACUGUCUGCAUUAAAUAAGAAGGGCAAACCAGCGCAAGGCACAAUCAACGCACUUGCGAUUGAGUUUGAGGUUUGUAGGAAAACAAUUACACGAUUGUGGAAUGAUGUCAAGAAGUAGAUGACAAACAACACCACAGGCAUUAACCUCAACAGCAAGAGAUGGGGGAAAGAAGCAGCAAACAAAAUAAAAUUUGAUGAAGAAAAAUUUAAGGCAAUCAAAUAUGAACUCAAGGGUACACAGCAUUUAGUAGCAAAGCAGAUGGAAGUGUCACAAUCAACGGUGUGUAGGUGGAAGAGGAACAAAGUAAUAAGAAGGCACACAAACGCAAUCAAACCGGCUUUGAAUGAAAACAAGUUACACAGGUUAAGCUUUGCAUUAUCUAAAUGUGAAUACAAUGAACAAAAUGAUGCAUUCAAGUUUAAGCCAUUUACUAACGUUGUUCACAUAGAUGAAAAACAUUUCUAUCUAACCCGAGAGACACAGAGUUAUUAUCUAGCUCCGGGUGAAGUAGAACUACAUAGAGAAUGUCAAUCAAAAAGGUUCAUACCAAAAAUCAUGUUUAUGUGUGCUGUAACAAAGCCUAUAUUUACAACUGAAGGUGAUGUUUUUUUUUGAUGGAAAGAUAGGCAUUUGGCCAUUUAUUACACAGGAGCCAGCAAAAAGAAGCUCAAAGAACAAGAAAAGGGGGGAGAUGGAAACUAAGCCAAUACAAUCAAUCACAAAAGAGCACAUUAGAGAAAUGCUUAUCACUAAUGUGCUGCCAACCAUUAGGGCAAAAUGGCCUGCUGAAUUAUCCAAGCAUAUUUACAUUCAACAAGACAAUGCCAAACCUCAUAUAGCACACAAUGACAGAGGGUUUUUAGAAGAGGCAAUGAAAGAUGGAUUUAAUAUACAAUUAGUGCAACAACCUCCAAAUUCCCCUGAUAUGAACGUGCUAGAUUUAGGUUUUUUUAGAUCAAUUCAAGCUUUGCAAUAUCAAAAAUCAGCUUACAAUGUUAAAGAGUUGCUUAAGGCUGUGAAUAAUGCAUUUCAAAAUCUGAGUCCACAAUGUUUAAGGUAUGCAGGGGGAUAUGAAGAAGGGGAUUUGAAUGUAGAAAUGUCAGAAGUAACCAACAACCAAACUCAACAAAUCUCAACAGUUGCAACAGCAAUCAUCGUUUAAGCAAAAGAACAGCAACCAACAACAUUUUUUGGGACACAGAGGAAAGCAACAACAGCACAGAAGAUCAGCCAACACAAGCAUAACCAGCACAGCUUCAUUAAUGAAAUGUAAAUUCCUUUUCAAUUUGGACAUAUUUUUGGGAUCUUUAACAUGGGAUGUUUCAGAAGCAAACAACAAACAUUUUAUGUUGUUUUCAAUGAAACAUUUUUAUUCAAAUAUACAUUAAUGAAAAAAAUUGGUUGUUUUAGAACUCUCAGGUAAAUUUCUUUUUUUUUUUGAAAUCAUUGAGUAUAAAAUCGAACAUCUUUGUGCAUUAAACGUUGUUAAACAAUCCAAACCCCCUUUGUUCGAUUUUUUGGUGGCUAAAACUGCUCUCACUUUGAGAUCACAGAGCAAUGAAAUUAAAUGCAUAAAAAAACGUUUAACUUAAAAAUCAUCAUCAGUCAAAAUGAACAUGCACCAACACAAACAGAAACUCACUUGAGAAAGGACCAAGCUUAUCAAGCCAAUCUUCUUCUUCACAAUCAGUAUUCGAAAAAACAGCAUCAAUGGAAGAAUAUUCACGAUCAGGAUACAUAUCAGGCUCAGGUGUGUAAAUGGGUUCACCUUCAGAGUCAAGUUCUCUUCCCCACUUAAGAUCAGUCUCAACAGAAGUGGAGUCAUCAUUGUAAUCAUAAGACUCUUCCUCAAACGAUUUCAGUCCAGAUCUAGGGUUUCCAUCAUCGACCCCCUUUAAGUCUAUCUUAGAAGGCGAUUUGUAAGGAGAUUUGGGGAUUCUCAGAAGUAAAGAAGUACGCGAGUUAGGGUUUUUCAUGGGUGAGUCGAUUGUCGAGUUACGAUUCUUCAGGGGGGAUUUUAAAGGCGAACUGGAGUUUGCCAUGACAACUACACAGAAGAAAUAAAGGAAGAUGGUGAACCUUCAACCCAGAUUUAGGGUUUUCAGAGAAGAACAAGAAACACGAUAAGGAAGAAGGUGAAGCUUUCAAUGGAAGAUUAAGAGAAAACGGCAGAAUAUCAAAUGGGGAAUGGGUAGGGUUUUAGGUUUAUAAAGGGAGGGAGUGUAAAUGGGUGGGAUUAAUUAGGAUUAAUUAAGAUUUAAUUAUGUUGAUUAAUUAUAAGGGAGGGAAAAUUAGUAAGGGUAAUAAAGGGUAUAAUUGAAAAUAGGAUAAAGUACUAAGGGUAUAAUAGUCAAAAAUCCAUGCCAAAAAUAAAAAUGGGACAUUUAAGGUGACUUGACCAUAAAAGGAAAUGGGACACUUCAGCUGAAUAGGAGGGAGUAUUUUGUUAGAUGCGGCCCGUUUUAAGUAGAGCCCGAUCCGACCUUUAUCCGACCCGUUGCACUGGUCUAAUGGUUGCUAUACGGUGUCACAGAUAAAAUUUUGCACUAUGCUUCUAAGCUAUUAUUUUGUAUCUUGAAUUGUAGUUUCUCUUUUAGUUGUAUUGUUUUUCUAAAUCCUAGUCCAUUGAAGAGCCAAAACAUCAACUUUCGCUGUUUCUCAUUUUUUCUGGAAAGAAGCACCAAGAGGCUGUCGUUUUUGCUAAAAAUUUUGAUCAUGGUCUAUUCUUUCUGAGGGUUCCCUCUGUUGUGACACACUUUAGAAACGAAAUUUUAUUGCUCAUACUCAAUUGAAUGUUGAUGGAUUUUUAUUCCAUUAUUCUAUAAUCUGCCAAGGCCUAAAAGCUCCUUGCAUUUGUAUGUCAUGACUGAAGUAUAUACUUAUGGACUUGCUUACUUUAUUGGAAAAUCUUUUAGCAACUAUUAGCUAUUUUUUUGGCUAUAAUUUGUCAAUACUACUUGUUGGAAUCAUGCAUAUACAUGUUUUGUAUACUUGUAACCUCUAUC